CAAUACUAUAAUGCUGUAAUCCUACCCAACCUCCGUCCCAGUCUUGCCGGUUUCGGAGUUCAGCCCCGUCAUGUCGUUAUGCUCCAGUAUUGGCUGGUAUUCAGCACAUUAUGCAGAGGAGGUCUGGAGGCUGGGCCAGCGGAAUGCUACGUGUCUUGGAAGUCCCUUUUAAAAGCCCCUCGUCUCCUUCGCUGACCGUAGCCAAAAGUUUUGAGGUUAACUCAAGCGAAACGGCAAGACAAGCCUCAUCCAGGCCUGCGAACGAAGCGGUCCAAACCCGGGAUUCAACAGUUCGUCGGCGGUGUUUUCCUACUCGUGAAAAAUGUCCGGGGUGAAAAAGCUUCGUACGGACCUAAACCGAUCUACCAACGUGGUGUACCAGGCCCACCAUGUCAGUCGAAGCAAGAGAGGGCAGGUUGUGGGCACCAGGGGAGGCUUCAGAGGCUGCACCAUCUGGCUUACUGGAUUAUCUGGUGCUGGAAAGACCACUAUCAGUUUUGCCUUGGAAGAGUACCUCGUGUCCCAUGCUAUCCCUUGCUACUCACUGGACGGAGACAACAUCCGCCAUGGCUUGAACAAGAAUCUGGGCUUCUCCGCUGUAGACCGUGAGGAAAACAUCCGGCGUAUUGCAGAGGUGGCCAGACUGUUCGCAGAUGCUGGCCUGGUUUGCAUCACAAGUUUCAUCUCUCCUUUUACCAAGGAUCGUGAUGAGGCGAGGAGGAUCCAUACAAAUGCUGGGCUACCGUUUUUUGAGAUCUUUAUUCACGCUCCUCUUGAGGUGUGUGAGAGCAGGGACGUAAAAGGACUUUACAAGAAGGCUCGUGCUGGAGAGAUUAAAGGCUUCACUGGGAUUGACUCUGAAUAUGAGCGUCCUGAGGCACCAGACUUGGUUCUGAAAACUGGAGAACUGUCAGUAAACGAAUGCCUCCAUCAAGUGCUGGAGAUGCUCAGAGAACAGAAUAUUGUACCAAGCGAGAUCAUGGAAGAGGUGAAUGAACUCUUUGUUCCGGAGAACAGGCUGAAUCUCGCUGUGGCUGAUGCAAGCACCCUUCCUACCAUCAGUAUCACCAAGCUGGAUCUUCAGUGGGUGCAGGUUUUGGCAGAAGGCUGGGCUAGUCCGCUGAAGGGCUUCAUGAGAGAGAGAGAGUUCCUCCAGGUCCUGCACUUUGGCAACCUACUGGAUAGUGGUGCCAUCAACCUGACUGUGCCCAUCGUCCUUCCUGUGAGCACUGAGACCAAGCAGGAACUGGAUGGUUGUGCAGCCAUAGCUCUGGAGUAUCAGGGAUCCCGUGUCGCUAUUCUCAGGAAUCCAGAGUUCUACCAACACCGCAAGGAGGAACGCUGUGCUAGACAGUGGGGCACCACAUGCCCACAACACCCUUACAUUAAGAUGGUUAUGGAAGGAGGUGAUUGGCUGGUAGGUGGUGACCUGGAGGUUCUGGAGCGAAUCAAAUGGAACGAUGGACUCGACCAGUAUCGCCUGACGCCACGAGAACUGAAGCAGAAGUUCAAAGGCAUGAAAGCAGAUGCCAUAUUUGCAUUCCAGCUCCGUAAUCCGGUCCACAAUGGACAUGCUCUACUGAUGCAGGACACCAAACGGCGUCUGUUGGAGCGAGGAUACAAGAAUCCUGUUCUCCUGCUGCACCCGCUCGGUGGCUGGACCAAAGACGACGACGUUCCUCUGGACUGGAGGAUGAAGCAGCAUGCUGCAGUCUUGGAUGAAGGCGUCCUGGACCCAGCAAACACCAUUGUUGCCAUCUUUCCCUCCCCUAUGAUGUACGCUGGACCUACAGAGGUACAGUGGCACUGCAGGUCAAGAAUGAUUGCAGGAGCCAACUUUUACAUCGUUGGGCGGGAUCCUGCGGGUUUGCCACAUCCAGAAACCAAACAAGACCUGUAUGAUCCCACCCACGGAGGCAAGGUCCUCACCAUGGCUCCAGGACUGACCUCCGUGGAGAUCAUCCCCUUCAGAGUCGCAGCAUACAACAAGGCUAAGAAGGCCAUGGACUUCUAUGAUGCAGAGCGACAUGCCGAGUUUGAGUUCAUCUCCGGGACCAAAAUGAGGAACUUAGCUCGCAGCGGAGAGAGCCCUCCAGAAGGCUUCAUGGCUCCCAAGGCCUGGAAGGUCUUGGUCGAUUACUACAACUCUAUCCAGAAGGACAAGUAACCAAGUCAGCACACAAGUCAACAACAUACUGUAAUGAAAUAUGGUUGGUUUUAAAAGAAGGGGUUAAUAUAUAACCUUUGUAGGUAGCUCUCUUUUUUAUAUUCUCUUUCCAAAAAUGCUCCGUUAGUGACAGGAGAAGACUGCUCUAAAUAAUGAGUUGCUCUGGCUGCAGUUGGUGUUUUAUACCAGGUUUCACCAAAUCACAAUGCCUUUUACAGCAUUACAUUUUACAUUCCUAUGAGAUUAUGUGAUUGUAUGUUCAUAUGCAUAUUAACUUAGCGUAUAUGAAUAUAUAUAUAUAUGUUAAUAAAAUGAAAGUAACUUGAGAUUUUUUUUUUAUUUAAUAUUUUAAGCUUAGGAGUGCUUUCUAAAAUAUAAAAAACUAGUUUAAUGCAUUGUAUUUAAUAUCUGAAAUGUAUGUACACCCACAAGUUAUGACACUUUACAACAAUUACAUCACUACUGGCCUAGUUUUUUGUGUCACCUGAAUGAAAGCUACUUGCAAUUUUAUGUCUAUCUACAGUGCCUGAAUGAAUGUUAAUCAGCUUGUCAUAUUUAUAUCGUGUUUUACACUUUUUCUGGGAAAAUACAAAAAGCAAUUUUGUAUAAUGUAAGUGCCUUUUUCUCAAAUGUCAUGUAUAUUGUUUAAAUUUCUCACCAAUGUUUGCCUGAAAUGACAAAUUGAUAAUGUUUGUGUAAAGAUGUGAAGUGGCCAUUUGCGUUAAUGUAUGAAGAAAAGGAGCAAGUGAUGAAAAUGCAAAAAUAAAUGACUUGCCCUUUA